AUGGCGAAAACUUCCAAAAUUGUGCCGCAGAAAGAAAAAGCUUCCUCGUCUAAGCCGGGAAGCAAUAAAGACGUAGAAUGGUUCUACGUGUUGUCUCUGGCUAAGUCUUAUUCUGGUAAUGAAGGGGUUAUUGGAAAAGCUUUUACUAGUACUGCUUCUUUUGUGUGGCUAACUGGGGCACAACUACUUCAGUUUUGUAGCUGUGAAAGGGCUAAAGAAGCUCAGUACAAUGGCGUUAAAACUCUUGUUUGUGUUCCAAUUUCAAAUGGGGUGCUUGAAUUAGGCUCGAGUGAUAUAAUCAAAGAGGAUUGGACCUUGGUUCAACAAGUCAAGUCUUUGUUUUGUUCAGUGCAAGAAAAUGGUCCAAUGAACUUUCUUGAUCAAAAUACCAUUUAUUUUGCUAAUUUUGAUUUUGUUACCGGCAUGCAAAAGGAUGUUCAAGAAUCAGACAACAGUAGCAAAAAGGUAGCUACAACGAGCCAUGCUUCAUUCCUAGAUUCAGAGCUAUCGAAUUCAGAUUGCCAAUUACUAGAAUAUCCGGUGCAGAAAAGCCGAGUUGGAUCUAAGAUCAGAAGGACCUACAGGAAAAGGGGAAGAAAGCAUGGAGUAGAUUGCGACAAGCAAAUGAACCACGUAGAGGCGGAGAGGCAGAGGAGGGAGAAACUCAACCACCGAUUCUACAUGUUGCGCUCGGUGGUUCCACAAGUUACGAGAAUCGACAAAGCCUCAUUGCUAUCAGACGCUGUGGCCUAUAUCAAUGAACUCAAAGCCAAAGUGGAUAAAUUGGAGUCAAAACUUCAUACAAACUUGGAGCUCAAGAAGAAACCGGAAAUGGAACACAAUGACGCUGUGGACAACCAAAGCUCUACCAAUUCGGUGGAUCACGUAAGCCCUUCUCCCAAUAUUUCGACCCAAAAAAAUCCGACAUUGAAGGUUGAAGUGAAGAUGAUAGGUCCAGACGCCAUGAUUAGAGUUCAAUCAGAAGAUGUGAAUUACCCAUCAACAAGAUUGAUGUGUGCACUUCAAGAUCUUGAACUGCAUGUCUACCAUGCCAACAUCUCAAGUGUCAACAAUAUUGUGGUUCAGGAUAUAGUGAUCAGAGACGUUCCUAAUAAGGGAUUGAAAACUGAAGAUGGAUUAAGAGCUGCUAUUCUUAGAAGCUUAGAGCAAAUAGAGGACUGUUGA